AUGAAAAAGACUUGUCCAUUUUAUGAUGACCUACACGCAAUUUUUGCACGGCGCAUCAAUAUCCAGCCACCAACAAUCUAUCAGUCUUCAGAGCCAGUGUUGUCCUUGGUUAAUAAUGAAGAGGAAGUGUUAUUAGAAAUUGAUUGCGAAACAUCUACGAGUUUGCCUGAAAGUCCAUUAUUUAAACAAAAUUUUCGCAAUGAGCGUGAAAGUGCGAAUGAUUUAAUCGCAAAAUACACAGACAGCUCGUACUAUAUAAGGAGGAACUAUAAAGGAGGGAGACCACAAGCAACGCCAAACACACACGUGUUAUUGUUUUUAUGGUUUUGCUGCAAUAAAACCACCAUACGUGAGGUUAGCAACCUGUUUAAUGUGUCAUAUUCUUGUGCCCAUAACGUGAUAAACAAUGUUGUGUCGUUUCUGAUUGGACUUUCACCAGACAUCAUAAAAUUCCCUCAAAGUGCUACUGAAAAAGAGAUUAUAUCAAAUGAGUUUGCGGCAAUCUCUGGUUUUCCUAACGUAUUAGGCUGCAUUGACGGAACCUACAUUUCGAUAAGGGCGCCGAAAAAAAAAAUUCGUUCAACAUAUAUAAAUAGGCAUGCCACAAUUUCCGUGACUAUACAGGGUAUAUGUGAUGCAAAUUUAAAAUUUUUAGAUGUUUUCACUGACGUGGCGCACGACUCGCGUGUGCUGAAGUUAUCUUUCAUUGGUAAAGAACUUCCAAAGCUAUGUUUACCAAAAUAUCAUGAGUUAGGGGAUUCUGCAUAUCCGAUCCGAAAUUAUUUGUUAACGCCGUAUAGGGAUUACGGGAAUUUAACUGAGCAAGAAAAGAGAUACAAUUACAAAUUUAGUCAAACACGGGUCCGAAUUGAAAACGCCUUUGGAUUGUUAAAAUGUCGUUUCCGGCAACUUAUGCGAUUAGAUUUUCAUGAAGUUGAGACUACAGCGAAAUUUAUACUAGCAUGCUGCGUACCCCAUAAUAUUUGCAUAGACAAACAAGAUUUUGUAGAGAAAAAAGAAUACUGCGUUGAUCCUGCUUCCGUUCAGGAACAACAUUUUCCUUUCGAAGUAAGCGACACUGUUCUUACUGAGCUGGGCGAAAUAAAAAGAAGCCAAAUAAAGUCACUUUUUUGA